UGAAAAUCAUUAUUUCAGUAAUAAGAGAUAAAAAAGGAGAUAAAAUAUCGUAUUGCUGAAGCUGGAUGCUUUUCUUGUACACUUUGUCUGCAGGCUGCAGGACAGCGGGAGAUGAACUCAUCAUCAGAAGAGAAUGGCGGGAAAAGCCAGGAAAAGACGAGGCAUCAACACCAGCAGCCUGAAGAUGAAAGCGUCCGAUCCUGCAAGCGCAAGUUGGCGUUGACCUCGCUGGAGUCGUACGAUUCUGCCGAAGCCCAGGAUUCGGAGAAAAAGCACCCGGAAAGCCCCCCGCCCGCCAAGCGAUGGGUCAUCGGGCCGCUGUUCCAGUCCUUCAGAUCCAAAAUGGCAAGCUUCACCGAGAUCGUCAUGAGUCCCGUUCGGCUUUUCACCGAGCACACGGGCGCGCUGAACACCGAGGACCCGUCGGGAGCGGAGGGCGAAGAGGCGGACGUGGUCCGCAACAGGGCUGCGGUUGUACAGAGACUGAAGUUUGAUCACGGCAGCGAUCGGCAGCACGGCACAGCACGGCAUGCUGGAUCAGAAAAGCAAAGUGACUCCAUCCCAGAGGGGAACGAUUCGUUUAGGACUUUAACUCCAGUAAAGCAGUCAGUGUUGUGUAAUGACCCGGGUUCCGAAAACGGAGUCUACGAUCCCACGAGCGCUUCUGGUUCAUCUCAGGGGGCGUCCAGCUCAACGACUCCCGAAUCUGAACCACGUUCGAGCAGUUUGACAUUUUUGACUGAACACGGAGGCAAAAAAGAGCCGGACAGCCUGCCGAUUCCGAUCCGGACGAGUCCCGGAAAAGCCUCCGAGUCUCAGAGAGCAGAGGAGAGUUCAGAUCUUUCAUGUGAGCUGCCAGAAAAUGAGCAAAAUCGGGCAAUAAUUCAGGAUCCGUCCCAAAAUGUGGCCGCUUUCAGGGGGAGGAAACGGAGGGACCGGGAGACGAGCGAGGGAGCGGAAGACGUUGGGCAAGUGAUGAAAUCUCAGACAGUCACACUGGACAGAAGUCUGACGGCGAGCAAGCGGCAGAGGGUUCUCGUAUCAGACGGGGUUCCUGGCAGCACCGGGGAUGCAGAAAUGUCCAGAAUCGAGUUCGGUUGCUCUGAAAUGCUGUCUAGAACAAGAAGUAGGCGUAACGAUACGAAAUGUACGCCGCCGGCAGCUUCGGGAGACUCGAAGCACACGCCAGCUCCCAAAAAGCCGCCGGCCAGCAAGAACAGGUCGAGUAGAGGUGUGAGGGUCAGGAGAGGUGUGGACGCUUUUGAGGACCAGGGGAUGUCCAUGUCUCUUAUGCUGAAGGUCGGACCCGAGGUGGACGAGGACGUUUCCGCUACGAGCCGCGGGUUGAUAAAAAACGAUACCGAGGGAAACCGAGAGCGCGUGAUGGAUCACGUUCUAACUGAGAACGACGACGGAUUUGAGAACCUUGACCUCAUUGCGAGGAAGUCGAGCAGAGCGGACAAGCAGAGGAGGCGCUGCGUGACCUCAGAAAUGAGGAUGCACGUCCUGGGAGACCAAAACGUCCAGGAACCGGCCCCGGUCUCCAACCGGCUCAAGCGCAGCCUCAGCUGCCCCGACAUCUCCUCCCUCCGGCCCAGCACCGACCACACCCUUCCUUUCCACCCACCGUCCCCCAAGCAGCCAACGCACCCGCGGCCUUGUUCCCCGCUCAAGCGCGAGCGGCGCCACACCGUGUGCAGCCUGGAGAUCGAGCGCGAGAUCGCCCCCCUGUGUCUCCGCAAGGAAGUGUACCCUAACUGGGCCGGCCCGUCCGGUAGCGCCCGCCCGCACUCACCGUCCAAAUCGCUCGCAGCGCUCGUGUCCUGCUUCCUCUCCAGCCCUCUCGCCUUCCUCUCCGAGAGGUCGUCCCGAAGGCGCGGUGACGAUAGCACGUACGGGUCCACUCUGUCGUUCUCCAAAAUCACAAACUCACCGUCUACCUCGUUUACGUCCGCGUUCUCCCCCGAUGCCGCUCACACACCUGAAGAUCACGCUCUAUCGUCACACUCCAGUGUGUUCGACUCGGUCCCGACGCCGGCCGAAGACUGUGGGGUUCAUCAGGAGAGCGGAGAACAUGAUCUGGCCACAGUGGCAUCUGAGGAGAAAGCUCUGUCUGACCCGGACGUUAAGACUGUCAGGAAGCAGAUAGAAGGAAAGAAAGUUUCCGCCAUCCGCAUCCGCAAGACUCUUCCUAAACCGCAAUAUAACCUCACCCCCAUGGGUCUGCCCAAAGCUGUCAGGGUGAAGAAGAAAGUUUUCAGUGUGGAGGAAAUUUAUACCAACAAAAAUUUUACUUCACCUCCUGAGGGGAGAUUAGAGACGAUAUUUGAAGCCCCCCUGAGCCGCCGGGACGGCUCCGAAUCUUUCAUCAGUCUGAAACGAAUGAAGCGAUUUAUCGAUUUUCCGGAACUGGGCGUGGCCAGGAAGCCCAAGAGGCCUCCGAUCGGUGGAGCGGGCGGAGCUCAGAGGAAAGGUGCAGGGAACUCUGGGGCGGGGAGGACGCGCAGGGGCGUCUGGGCGUCGUCCAGAGAGGAAUCGCUGCUCGUGCAGGACUCUGAUUCGCUCUUGUGCUCCAAAUUGACCGAGCUGGACACGUGGAUGAUCAGGGAGCAAAUGGUCAACUGAUGCCCUCAGCCGGGUACCACCCUACCCGUUCCUCUCUACUGUAAGCCCUUCUGAGGGGGCAGUGAAGGUGGCGUGGACUUUCAGACAUGUACAUUUAUUAUGUAAAGAGAUUUGUGAGUGUUUGCACGUUCUUCUGGUUUUGGUCUGACUAGCUGCUUCAGUCUGGAGGAAACGGUCUGUGUUACCGUCCAGACUCGCACCUUCAGGUGUCGCUGUACAUCCCAGCGAGCAGCUGAUCGGUAAAUGGGUCCUGCACUAGCACUCGCUCUCUUUCACACAACCGUUCCUGUAAAAUUGUACCAUGAGAGCAAAAUCACCACAAACAGAAGCACAGAUCUGACCGUGAGCUCACCGCUGCUGAUCAGAAUGAUGGGAUUUCACUCUGAAUUUAAGCAGAAUAAGCCUAAAUGUUGGUGCCAAACCGCCCUGGAAAUGCUGCCCGUCUUGGUCGCUGCUUGUACAGGCGGUCAUUUAUUUGUUAAUAAUUAAUAAAUAUUAAUUACAUUUAAAUACG